UAAACCCUACAACCCAAAAACCCCAGUCCUUAGCUGGAACUCUAUCUUCUCUUGCUAUUCAUCCUCCAAAAUUAAGUUCAACAUCCAUUGCUUCUCACCAUUAAAAAUGGCUUCCUUCAUCGCAGUUCGCCCUCCUCUUCCAUUUUAUCUCUCCUCUAUCCUCAAAGUACGAUCCCAAUUCAACCCAUCUUCUUUCCCACCCUUAAUCCCUAACAUCAAAACCCUAAACUACCCGCUUCUCACUCGAUCUCUCUCCACGGCCUUCGCCUCCGCCAACGACUUUCCUCGACCCCCGCAGCCCGAUAAUCAAAACCCUCUUCAUCAUAAUCAGGGCUGGAACCACCAAUCUCAAGGUGGCGGAACUGUUCCUCCUCCGCCUGUACACUCUAAUUACACUCAAAGUCAUCGCCCCCAACAGCAACCAUCACCGCCAGCGCACCAGCAACCUCACUGGAAUCAGCAAAUUCAAGGGUUCCCAGUUCGUGAAAACCCUAACCAUGGGUACCCACAAGGUCAAUUUCCCGAUCAACGAUACACCCGUCAACAACCACCAUCGCCGCCGCAACAAAGCAAUUGGAAUCAACAAAAUCAAGGGCACCCAGUUCGUGGAAACCCUAAUCAUGGGUACCCACAAGGUCCUCCCGAACAAAGAUACAUCCGUCAACAACCACCAAUGCAACAGCCGCCACACUCGCCUCCAAGGAACCCUCUUGAGUGGAACAAUCAAGGCCCAAUUCAGGGCUCCCCUCCUCAGUGGAACAAUCAAGGCCCAAAUCAGGGCUCCCCUCCUCAGUGGAACAAUCAAGGCCCAAAUCAGGCCCCCUCUCCUCAGUGGAACAAUCAAGGCCAAAAUCAGGCCCAGAAAGGCCCAGUUGAAGCUCCAAAUGUGGACUUGAGGAGUAUGGCGAUGGAGGGGAAGGUGAAGGAGAUAAUUGAGUUGAUGGAGAAAGGUGCCAUAGCAGAUGGGGAAUGCUUUUAUGUUCUGUUUGAUAAAUGUGGGAACCCUAAGUUGCUACAAAAUGCGAAAAAAGUUCAUGAUUUCUUUCUCAGGUCUACAUUCAGGGGUGAACUUAGGUUGAUCAAUAGAGUCCUUGAAAUGUUUGCGAAAUGUGGGAGUAUGGUGGAUGCACGGCGUGUGUUCGAUCAUAUGCCUGACAGAGACAUUGAUUCAUGGCAUUUGAUGAUUAGGGGGUAUGCCAGUAACUCCCUAGGGGAUGAGGGGUUGCAGUUGUUUGAGAAGAUGAAGGAGCUGGGAUUGCAGCCGAAUAGUGAGACGUUUCAAGCUGUUUUGUAUGCGUGUGCGGGUGCAGAAGCUGUGGAAGAAGGGUUCAUCUAUUUGGAGAAGAUGAGAACUGAGCAUGGUAUUGAGCCGCAGAUGGAACAUUAUUUGGCUGUUUUGGAUGUGCUUGGAGCGUCUGGGCAUCUUAUUGAAGCUCGGGAGUAUGUAGAAAAGUUGCCAAUGCAGCCGAAUGUGGCAGCUUGGGAAUCACUGAGGGAUUAUGCUAGGUAUCAUGGGGAUUUGGAUCUUGAGGAUCAUCUAAAUGAGUUGAUAGCUGACCUUGAUCCUUCAAAGGCUGUUGCUGACAAGCUCCCUACCCCACCUCCAAAAAAGCGAAUGGCAGUGAAUCUUAUGGAAGGAAGGAACAGACUUCCAGAGUUUAAAAAUCCUUCUCUUUACAAAGAUGAUGAAAAAUAUAAGGCUGCUUUAAAGGAACAAGGUUACGUACCAGACACUAGAUAUGUUCUUCAUGACAUUGACCAGGAAGCCAAGGAGCAGGCCCUGCUUUACCACAGUGAGAGGUUAGCUAUAGCUUAUGGCUUGAUCAGUACCCCGCCAAGGACACCCCUCAGGAUCAUUAAGAACCUUCGGAUUUGUGGUGAUUGUCACAAUGCUAUUAAGAUCAUGUCUAGGAUUGUUGGGAGAGAAUUGAUUGUCAGGGAUAACAAGCGAUUCCAUCAUUUCAAGGAGGGAAAGUGUUCAUGUGGGGAUUACUGGUGAAGAUUUCCAUAUGAUCAAGAUUUCUUAGUAUGUGCAGUAAGUAUGUAUUGUGAGAGUUUUAUUGGAAAUCCUCUCAAGGUUAGGGAAUGCACAGUGACACUUGGUGACCAAGAAAGAAUUAGGAACUAGGCCUUUGUGCUACAGAUAAGGAUUUAACAGAAAUAGGCACUAGGCAAGUUAUCGUAUAUGUCUGAGUUUGAGUAUGCAGGUGAUCUUAUUCUAAUAUCACUUUGCCUUGUGUCAUGCUUAUGUUUCAUCAAUAUCAAUAUUUGGAAAUAUUUCAGUAUAAUUGAAAUUUCUGAAGAUCUAUUAACCUUAA